AUGGCGCUAAAACAUAAACGCUUCAGGUACCGCCUGGUGCACCUGGUGGCGCCGGCGCUGCGCCUGGUGCUGGCUAUGGUGGUCGCGCACCCUGACAGCGAAAAGGUGCGCGCCCAGGCAGCAGAAUUUGUGGAGGCCCACCCCGACCUGCUGGCACGAGUCAUGGUCGAGGCGGCGUCACCCGGCAGCAUGGCCUGGGCGCCGGGUGAUGAGGAGCUGGAGCAAGCCGCGCUGGCGGUACAGCUCGUGUCGGGCCUGCCGCAGCUCCUCGCCCUCGACCCCGCCACCGGCCGCCCCGGCGCGCUGCGGCGCCCGCUGCUCGCGCUGUGGCCCGCGCUGUGCGGCGACGACGCGCGCAGCGCGAGCCCGAUAGUGGCGCGCGUUAGGCGGGGCAAGGAGGAGCUGCUUGAGGGGCCGGCGCGGCGGGAGCAUGAGGAGCGGCAGCAGCGGCUACUCGCGCUUCGCUGCGGGCUCGCGCGGCAGCUGCGGGCGCUCGUGUCGCCGCGGGGCGUCGCCGGCGGCGGCGGCGCCGCGACGGGGCCUGAGCUGCUGCGCUGCGUCGGGCUGCACAGCCAGGUGCGCACAGCCGGGGCGGGCGCGGCAGGGCGGGUGCAGCAGACGGGCUGCGAACGCCCAGGAAUGAUUUCAUUUUGCUGA